AUGGCGGUAAGAAGCGAGUGUUCGAGGAGAUUGACUGUAUCCUUACCUCAUUUCUUGUAGUUUGUAAUUCUGGAAAGCGAUGUAUUUUAUGCGGAGACAUUACUUGUUGCCAAGAACUUCAUGUAAAGCACUUUUAAGUUAUGGAGAAAUACAGGGUUUCAGCAUUAGAAAGAGUCCCAAAUCUGUUACGGAAUGCACAUGAAGACUACUUAGUGUGUGAAAUAGCUGUUUUACCAGGUGGGGUUGACUUCAGUGGCAGACCAUUGGUCGUCUUCCCUAGUGCGAACCUAUCUAAACUCCAGGGAGCCGUCCUUGAUGCUCUCCCAAGACUCCUCCAGUAUUAUAUAGAUAUCACACCCGCAAGAUGGAAAACCAAUGGCUUCGGGAUAGCAGUGAAUCUAAAGCAAUGCAAAGAUCUUGAGCUAAUUCAGGGCUUUAUUGAAGCACUGGAAAAAGUUGAGGCAGCUAACCAAGGGAGUAUUGGUGCAUUAUAUGUCAUUCAGCCAAAAUCAAAAGAUACUCAAAGGUUUUUGAAAAAGAAACUGGGAUUGAAGCUUAGUAAAAAACACCCUAAGUCACCUGUGUUCAAGAGCUACCCCCUGUCCAGCCAAGAUGACCUUUAUAAUUUCUUGGAACUGUCUCAGCUCCCCCAGGAGUAUGGAGGUAGCUGGCCCUACGUACAUGCCUCGUGGGUAGAAUUCAGAAAGGUAAUUGACCAGCUGUAUGAGGAUAUUGAAGAAGUCUAUGGUAAAUUACCAGAUGCCUUUGACAAGAUCCACCUGCUACAGGAGUAUGACCCACCAAUGUCCUCAGAGGAGAUGCAACAGUUACUGUCUGACAUGUCUGACAGGUACCAUGAGGUGAUGAGAGAAUUGAACAUAGAGCCUCUGAUAGAUGAGUGUAAUGAGUGCCUUGAAAAAUUGACCCAUCCAGAGCUACAACCAGUGUAUCAAGAUGUGUGCCAUAUGACAAUGUAUACAGACAGUAGUACCACGAUACACAGACACAGGCAGCAACUGAUGGAGUCAAGAAAAUCUUUAAAGUCUAUAUGGCAACAAGCAGAAGGCAAGGUUAUCCAGGCAGCAGAGUUAGGCCAGUAUCAGUUGCAAGCUGAAAAGGUUUACAGAUGGCUGGAAAGGGUAGGCUUUCCCAGUCUCCAACAACAGCAGCCUCAUAUAGCUGAUUCUCUGAAACAGGCAGAGUUGGUGAAAGAACACUUUGAAUCUGGUUUUUAUUCAGCAGCUAAGAAAGUUCUUUCUGAGGCAGAGGAACUGAUAAGCAGAGCUGAGCAAUUAGUAGUGUCAGGAGAAAUGGAUAUCAGGCAGGCCCUUAGCUUUUCCAGGAAGUUUGAAUCCCUGGUAGUAGAGUUCAAGGGGAACUUAGAAAAACGCUACAAGCUUUACAGGGAUAUUCAUCAAUUUUAUGUACUUCUGGCUAAGGUAAUUGACCAGCUGUAUGAGGAUAUUGAAGAAGUCUAUGGUAAAUUACCAGAUGCCUUUGACAAGAUCCACCUGCUACAGGAGUAUGACCCACCAAUGUCCUCAGAGGAGAUGCAACAGUUACUGUCUGACAUGUCUGACAGGUACCAUGAGGUGAUGAGAGAAUUGAACAUAGAGCCUCUGAUAGAUGAGUGCAAUGAGUGCCUUGAAAAAUUGACCCAUCCAGAGCUACAACCAGUGUAUCAAGAUGUGUGCCAUAUGACAAUGUUUACAGACAGUAGUACCACGAUACACAGACACAGGCAGCAACUGAUGGAGUCAAGAAAAUCUUUAAAGUCUACAUGGCAACAAGCAGAAGGCAAGGUUAUCCAGGCAGCAGAGUUAGGCCAGUAUCAGUUGCAAGCUGAAAAGGUUUACAGAUGGCUGGAAAGGGUAGGUUUUCCCAGUCUCCAACAACAGCAGCCUCAUAUAGCUGAUUCUCUGAAACAGGCAGAGUUGGUGAAAGAACACUUUGAAUCUGGUUUUUAUUCAGCAGCUAAGAAAGCUCUUUCUGAGGCAGAGGAACUGAUAAGCAGAGCUGAGCGUUUAGUAGUGUCAGGAGAAAUGGAUAUCAGACAGGCCCUUAGUUUUUCCAGGAAGUUUGAAUCCCUGGUAGUAGAGUUCAAGGGGAACUUAGAAAAACGCUACAAGCUUUACAGGGAUAUUCAUCAAUUUUAUGUACUUCUGGCUAAGGUAUCAAGGUGGUAUCACAAGGCCCUACAGUUUAUUCCCGUCUAUCUUCACCGUUUCCCUGCCUCGCAUGCAGUGGUCAGUUUGACCAGUACUCCAGACUGGGAUGAAAAUGUCCAGUAUUUGCUGCAGUACCAUCCCCCACCUAGUGCACUUCAUCUGCAAGAUCUCAAAGAUACAGUACCAUUAGUGAAGAGUUUGAAAACUAGGAACAAAGCAAGGUUGCUGGCACACAGGGUGAAUCUACUAAAGAACUUACUUGUUGGACACGGAAGAGUAACACCAGAAGACAUGAGAGAUAUUUUAAGGUGGAAGGAAGACAUACUGGAGGGUGUGGAUGACAUCAGCCUUGGGGCAAGCUCCUCUGAAGUGUCCAGUCUGGGCCAGUCACAGGCAAGCUUACAAGCUGACCAAUCAAGACCAAGUUCUCGUCAGAGUAGUGCUUAUGGUUCUCUUACUAGAGCACCAAAACUUAGAAGUCGAAAUUGUAAGUCAAUGUACAAUAUACAAAUUGCCAAGGGAAGUGAAGAGAAGCCACAGCAGGGAAAUAAGUGGACUCACAUGCCAAAAUCAAAAUCUGCAAGGACAUUGCCAAAACAGUAUGCUAAAAAAGAGGGACAAAAAGUGGAAUCCAAACAUUACAAUGCUGACAAAGAAAACAGCACGGAUGAUGGAAAGCCGGAUAUUCUUAUUAAAAAGAAGUCUAGAUCAAAGAAAAGGAUUGACCAAAGCCAACCAUUAAAGAAGCAUAGCACUAGCAGUACGACAAAUGGAACUGCUGAAGCCCAAGGUGAUGAUGCUCUUCCUCAAAGGUGUAAACAGGAGAGAUAUGUUGACCUUAGCUAUCCUGUUGCAAGACCAGACUUGCCAGCUACCCUCCGGCAUGUGGACCCUGCCCUCAUCUUUGAUGAGUCCCCAGAAAAUGUACAGAUCAGAGCCAUGAAAAUUACAAGGUUGCCAGCAGAAGGGAAGAAGCAGAAUGGGAGUAUAGCAGAUUCUGGUAUUGGACACUAUAGAAGUGGCACUGAAAUAUCUGGACCUGCUGAGAGUUCAAAAACCAUGGAUUCUAGGAUGCGGAGGCCAAGGGACAAGUCGAAAGACAAAUCAAAAAAAGAUAGGCAAAGGAAAGCUAAAAGCAUGUAUGAUUUAUCAUCUGCCAAUACUUUAAGUCCAAGGAGUUCUAUGAGUAGUAAAAUGGGAUUGACAUAUGAUAAUUUGGAAUCUAUUGCUCAGAGCGAUCUACCUCCAGAAGAGAAGUUGAACCUGAUGGCUGCUCUGUUCGAGGCUGAAGAAAAUCAUGCUGCAGUAGGAACACAAUUGCCUGUGGAACUACAAAAUGACUCCCUUGCCUUAUUUGAACCAAAGGUGGAGAGUGGAAAGCGCUUUAAAAAUCAGAAGAAGUCAAAAUCAUUAACAAAGUUAUCAAGAGCUCAACUGAAAGAAUUGGAAGAAAUUCAGAAGAAACAAGCAGCAGAAGAACUUGCACAAAAUGAAUUUGUAAAAGAGGCAAUGGCUAGAAAUAUGGGUAUUCUUGCUGAAUCUGACCAGUCCUUACUUAGUUAUGGGCCUGACAGCGAUCCGUCAAUCUCACAGGUCAGUCAGUCAGUCAGCCAGUUAGAAAACAAAGCAGUUCCAAAGGUGGCUGAUAAUAGUCAGUCAGAUGUUGGCACUCAAAAUGACUCCAUUUUGACUGAUGAGCAUGGUAUAUGGAUUGAAAGAGAGGCAGACUAUGAUUAUGGGAUAGACAUACAUAAAUGGAUGGAUGAGACUUUAGGUCACCUUGCAGCCUCUGACCAGGAUGAAGGCACAGCUGGAACAGAGGGGCAAAAACCAAGCAAACCAAGCAGUGUACAGAAGGCUCAAUCAGAAUGUGAUCCAAAUACUCAACACGCUGAGGUAACGGAAAAAGAAGAAGACUCUUCAUCUGACACAGGAUUCCAAGAAGAGCUGCAGCAAAAGGUUGCAGAGAGUCUGAAGAGGGCAGAGCAGCUGUUACAGGAAGAGGAAGCAGUUCUUCUGCAGGAAAAACACAUUGAUGAGAUUAUCCAUAGUGAUGAUUAUGGUGGCAGCGGACCAAAUAUACCAAAAAUUGGAGGAAAUGGAGAUAUGCCAACUGCUCAAGAUGAAACCAGUAACCAUAAAGAAGAUAUGGUGAAAACACCAGGAGAUGUGAAAUUAGACAGGUGA